ACCCACGAGGCUGCUACAAGCAUGGUGUACGACGAGAGGUACACGCCCCUAUUGAAGAGGGCCAACCUUGCUGCAGUCGCUCGUGUGUGCCGUCGCGGUACUCCACCUUUGAACCCAGCGGCGUUGACAGCUUUGAUCGAUAGGUGGCGUCCUGAGACACACACCUUCCACCUUCCUUGUGGAGAGAUGACCGUCACUCUAGAGGACACAACCAUGAUCCUUGGAGUGAGAAUCAGAGGUUUUCCAGUGACCGGAGACACUGAGUCCGAAGGGUGGGAGAACCGAGUGCAUAACUUCUUGGGACGUGCACUACCAGAGCUUGAGGCAGGGAAGAAGAGAAGGAGCACCGGGGUACCACUUAGGUGGCUUCGAGAGGAGUGGCAUCAGUGUCCACCAGACGCUGAUGAAGCCACAGUGAACUACUACUGCAGAGCAUAUGUUCUUCACAUGUUCGGUACGGUUCUCUUCCCGGAUGGCACUGGAGACACGGCUUCCUGGAUGUAUAUCCUGUGCUUGCAAAAUUGGGAUGACGCUGGGAAUAGAAGCUGGGGCUCAGCCAUCUUGGCUUUCUUGUACUGCCAGCUGUGCGAGGCUUGUCAGAGGGCUGGAGAUUUGGAUGUGGGAGAGGCUUCCUGUUGGAAGACCACAUAGGAUGCAACAGCCACCUGCUUGGUUCCCGGAAGGGGACACAAUCGUUGCUCCUACGGUGGCUCACCUCUACGAGCGUACGAGCGGGGUGUACCACGUCUCCCAUCACGCUUACAUUAGCUACACCAAUGAGAUGGACACCCUUCAACCACAGCACGUUGAGUGGAGACCGUACAAGAGGGAAAGGAUCCUUGGCUUGGCACUUAGCACAGUGUGUAGGGCGGAUGAGGAUUUAUGGACUAUGAGGUGCCCCCUCAUAUGUUUCUACGCGGUCGAGUACCACCUCCCGCACCGUUAUUUGUGA